UGUAAAGUAUUUCGGAAUUUCAGUCAUAAAGGUCAUCUACUUCUUCUUCUACAUCCUGAAUACCUCCUUUCAGGAUGAUGUUUUCACUGAUAUUGCCUUCCUCCAGCAAAACAAUGAGUUUGUCGGGGACGCCUAAUUAUAGCUCGAAUGUUGGCGGAAGAAGGGCCGAUUAUAGCACAAUUGCUAGUGGCUUUCCAGUGAAGGUACACGUCCAAACCCUUCUCAGGAAAACACCUAGCAGUCUACAAUCACCCGCAAAAAGCAUGAAGCAUGAGAUGGAUAUAACUUCCGCACCAGAGAGAAAGCUGGUGAAACAAUUGCGUGCUUCAAACACGCAUUCUGUUGUUGCGGACAGUACUCCUGCAGUCAAUGGGAAAUAUCAGAAACUCACUGACGAUUGGGAAUCAAAGAAGCUUGAUUUGAUAACCGGUGGAAGGUUGCUUCAAGAUGGCCUUGCUUACAGGCAAAACAUUUCGGUUAGAUCUUUUGAAAUAGGCGGUGACAGAAAAAUGUCCGUUGGUGCCAUGCUGAAUCACUUACAGGAUACUGCACUUAACCAAUGUAGAAUUACAGGGCUAAUGGUGGAUGGUUUUGGUUCAACACGAGAGAUGAGUAGAAAUAACCUUAUAUGGGUAGUUUCAACUCUGCAUAUAGUAGUGGAUCGCUAUCCUACCUGGACUGAUGUUGUUGAAGUAGACACCUGGAUGUAUGCGUCGGGAAAGAAUGGUGUGGGCCGUGACUGGAUAUUUCGUGACAGCAAGACUGGUGAAACUCUGGCUAGCGCAACCAGCGUAUACGUGAUGAUGAAUAAGAAAACGAGGAGAUUGUCCAAGAUUGCCAAGGAAAUAAGGGAUGAAAUCGAGCCUUAUUUAAUGGAUUGUGAGUGUCCCAUCAUCAAUAAGGAUAGCAGAAAAAUACUGAAACUUGAUGUUAGCACAGCAGAUCAAAGAUGCACAGGUUUAUCACCUGGAUGGAACGACAUGGAUAUCAAUCAGCAUGUGAGCAAUGUAAAGUAUAGUGACUGGAUUCUUGAGAGCGUUCCCCGUUCAUGUAUGGAGCGUUACUACCUCAACGCAAUGACUCUGGAAUACAAGAAGGAGUGUGUCAUGGACAGUGUGUUGCAGUCUCUCUCCAAAAUGGUUGGUGGAGGCAAUAGUGAUUCCAUCAGCGCGAAUAAGGUGAUAGAAUAUGAUCACAUGCUUCGUCUCGAGAAUGGAUGCGAGAUCCUGAGAGGAAGGACCGUGUGGAAGCUUAAAGACACGAACAGCUGCGUCAAUAAUUAUAUAUAUUGAGGUGCAGAUUAAUUCCAGAUGAAAAUACUGCACAGUACGUGCGAAUUAAUAUAUAUAUAUAUAUGCGCAAGCUCCAGUUCAAUUGAUGCUACUGUAGCUAUCCUAUGUUACA